AUGGGGGGUGGAACGGGGGCUUUAAUUAAGGUGAAGCCCGAGAAGCGCCGCAUCUUUGAGAAGAAGCAGCGUCGCAAACGCCAGGAGCCCCUCAUGGUGCAGGCCAACCCUGAUGCCAAGCUGAUGGGGCGCCGGGGGCGCCGGCCCGAGGAGCGCACCCCCCUGAUGGAGUCCUGCAGCGAGCACAGCCUCUGCAAUGGAACCAGCAACCCCUUCCUGGUGGAGUCCGUCCCGGAGGCUCAUCGCGCUGCUGACGCCUGGGGUAGCUCCGUGCACCUGGACCGGGGCCCCCGGGCCGGGGGGGAGGCCCAAGGCAUGGCCACAGAUGUCUCCGACGGGGAGCUGGAAGAGGCCGUCCUGGAGGACACGCGGCCGGUCAACAAGGCGCGGUCGGCGCCCAGCUCCACACGCAAGGGCUGGCCGGCCAAGCAGAGAGGGGCUGGCUGCGCUGACACCCAGCACCCCCGGGGCCUGAGGCUAAAGGCCUCAUCAAGUGCUGGGGUUCAGAGGAGCGAAGAGGAGGAGGAGGAGGAGGAGGAAGAGGGAGACCCCAACAUCCUCUGCAGAGCCUUGGAGCCACAGGCCGACACCCCCAGAUUGUUCUUGAUGUCCGGCCGGAAGAGAAAAAAAAGCAAAACAUCCAACUACCUCAUCUCCCUGGAUCCCAUCGACCUGUCCCGGGACGGGGACGGCUUCAUCGGGAAGGUCAGGUCCAACAUGCUGGGCACCAGGUUCACGGUGUUCGAUAACGGGGCCAAUCCGGAGAAAAAACCCUUCGUCCCCGAAAGCGCCCCCAUCCGGCAGGAGCUGGCGGCCAUUUGCUAUGAGACCAACGUGUUGGGGUUCAGGGGACCCCGAAAAAUGACUGUCAUCAUCCCCGGCAUGAACGCAGACAAUGAGAGAAUCAGCAUCCGCCCCAAAAACGAGCACGAGACCCUGCUGAGCCGGUUCCAGAACGGAAACCUCCAGAACCUGCUGGUGCUGCAGAACAAGGUGCCGGCCUGGAACGAGCAGACCCAGUCCUACGUGCUCAACUUCCACGGGCGCGUGACCCAGGCCUCCGUCAAGAACUUCCAGAUCGUCCCGGACCACGACCCCGAGUACAUCAUGCUGCAGUUCGGCCGGGUGGCGCCCGACGUCUUCACCAUGGACUAUCGCGCCCCCCUGUGCGCCCUGCAGGCCUUCGCCGUCUGCCUGUCCAGCUUCGACGGGAAACUCGCCUGCGAAUAGCCCCGCGACCUCCGACCCCGCGCCUCCAGCACGACCUCAGGAUACCCGACCCCUGACCUCAAACCUGACCCCAUGACCUCUGACCCCACAUGCUCAGACUUGACCACGACUUCUGACCCCGCGACCUCCAGCACGAACUCAGGAUACCCGCCCUCAAACCUGACCCCAUGACCUCUGACCCCACAAUCUCAGACUUGACCACAUGACCUAUGAC